AUGGCAAACCGUGACGCGACAAGUAGUGAAGUGUUAGACUUAAGCACCCUGACAGAAAGUGUAGCAGGUGAUGAUGCUACUGAGCGAUCGGAGGCGCUGGGGUCACGUCAAGUUCGGAGUAUUUAUCUAAUCACGUACAGCCGAGCGAACGAGGAGAUAGUUCCUAAUCGAGAAAGUUUUGUUCAGCUGGUGUUGGAUAGUUUCGACAAUGCAGACCCAUUAACGCGUUGUGAGAUAUUACAGUGGGUGUGCAGCCAAGAACGGCAUAGGGAUGGGGCGAUUCAUUAUCACAUGGCAGUGAAAUUAAAUGCACGGCGACGCUGGCUGAAAAUACGCAAUUACCUUGAUGAGCGACACGGAGUGAAAGUGAAUUUCAGCGCUCGCCAUAGCAAUUAUUAUUCAGCCUGGCAGUACACCACAAAGGAAGACGAGAGUUACUUACAGUCUGAUAACCAUCCCGAUUUGACUAAUACCCCUGCACCCAAUACUUCAAGGGCUACCGAAACGCAUACGCGACUUGCCAAUGGACGAAGGAAGCGUAAAAAGUCCUCCCAAAGUUUAUCGGUUUAUGAUGUAUCGCAGAUAGCCGUAAAAAAUGGCAUAACAACUCGGUUAGAGCUGCUGGUGUUAGCACAAAAGCAAAAAAGUGAGGGGAAACUUGACUUGGCGCAGUUCAUUGCGAAUCGUGGAAGUCGGGUAGUGGAUGAAGCGAUAUUUGUGGGCUGGGAAUUAGAAAACGCGGAGAGCACGCUGCAAAGGAGUAAAAUGACUCGAAUUGAGAUUUUGUACAGUAAAUUGGAAGGAGAGUGUGAGCCAGGGUGUGACGGCCAGUGGUUGCAAAUGGCAAAAGAAGUGUUAGAGCGGAACUCUAUUGUGAGGGAUGACUUUGCAGAAGCUGUUCGCAUACUUCUCGACAAAGGGCGCGGAAAGUAUCGCAAUCUUUACUUGAAAGGUCCCUGUAACUGUGCGAAAACAUUUUUGCUAAACCCUUUGAACACUAUCUACAAAACAUUCAGUAAUCCAGCCUCUACAACGUUUGCUUGGGUUGGCGCAGAACAGUCAAAGUAG